GUCAGAGAAGCUGCCGACAAUGUCAGUGGCUACCCGUCACUGGACUUCCACGACUUCUGCUCCGUCGUCGAUCACGCGGUCACUGUCGAGCGAGAAGCGCUACAGCGAAAGAUCGAGGUCUGGCUCAUCAGGAGCACUGCGUUGCGCACGGACGAUGUGGCAGAGAAGAUGAGGCUCUUCUUAAAGUCUCUCGGCGUGAUCUGCACGAAGGAGCUGGUAGUGGAGAUGAUGAGCCUGGGCGGCCUCUCUAACCGCCGCUGCGACACACAGGAGGAGCUUUGGCGGCUUCUUGCUGCCUAUCGCGCCUGCGAGGGCUUUACUCAGGAG